AUGGAGAGUUGCGCUAAGCCCAAGUUCAGUGGUACUACAGUGACGUUAGUGUUUUGGUGUUUGGUGAUUUGGUGCUCAUGUUCUGCCCUUGGAGCCAGAUGCAAACCUCGGCGGUACACCCACAAGGCGAUGCAAACCGACCUAAACGGCCGCCGAUGCUGGGAUGACGUCAAAAUAAACGCAUGCUGGGGAUACUGCAUGUCUUACGAGAUUUCAGAUUGGCAGUUUCCUUAUAAGGAGUCCCAUCACCCUGUCUGCGUACACUACGAGAGGAAGCAUGCGUCUGCAAAGCUGAAGAAUUGCGACCCUGGGGUGCAACAGGGCACAGACGUAUAUCAUUACGUCGAAGCUGCCAGCUGCAAGUGCCAGGGAUGUUCAUCUGAAGAUACAAGUUGCGAAUGGCUGCCACCAGAUUCUUCUUUGCUUGGAGGACUUAUUCUGAAAGAAGAGUUGGAAGAAGAAUUGGAAUGA